CGGUCGCCGCCGUUGAGCUGUCACUCUCCAGUGACCCAACGUUUCUGGAGGCUGGUUAUGUUGUUGCUCUGACGUCAGCGCGAGCUACAAUGGAGCUGACAACGUGAGUAUAAAAGCCGGUUUGAAGGCUGACGUUCUGAUGCUCCAAGCUUCUGCUUUGCACCGGGUUAACAUCAGACUAGGCUACUGCAUGAGGGAGGGCUGAGGGGAUCAAAAUGCACUUUCUGAGCUUCACACCCAUCGUCGUACUACAGCUGACUUUCCUCUCUGUACUGCAUGGUCACAAAUGGACAUACAGUGGGCCAGACGGAGAGCACCACUGGCCCAACCAUUAUCCAUAUUGUGGUGCAGCUUUUCAGUCUCCAAUAGACAUCAAGUCAGAGCUGCUAAGGUUCGACCCAACUUUACGUCCAAUUGAGAUUCAAAACUACAACCUGUCGCUCAAUGAGCAACUUACACUUGGAAAUAAUGGACAUUCUGUGCAAAUAUCACUGCCCUCUAAGAUGCACAUCUCCAGCCUGCCUCAUCGUUACACUGCAGCUCAACUUCAUUUCCACUGGGGCUCUUCCAGCAGACCUGCAGGCUCUGAACACAUGGUGAACAGUAGGCAGUGUGCAGCAGAGAUGCAUGUAGUGCACUUCAAUUCAGACAAGUAUCCCAAUAUGUCCUCAGCUGUAGACAAAUCUGAUGGCCUGGCUGUGCUGGGUGUCCUGAUUGAGAUUGGAGAGUUCAAUCCGGCCUUUGAGCAGUUUCUGAAGUUCAUCAAUGGUAUCAAAUACAGGGAUCAGAAAGUGCAGGUGCCCGGUUUCAACAUCAGAGCACUGCUGCCUGCACGUUUGGAUGAGUAUUACCGCUACGAUGGGUCACUGACGACUCCUCCAUGCUAUCCCAGUGUCCUGUGGACAGUGUUCAGGAAUCAUGUCACAAUAUCUCGCAAACAGUUUAUGACCCUGGCAACAUCCAUCUACUCCACCCAUGCCCAGGAGUCAGCCCCUGUGUCUCUGAAUGGCAACUACAGGAAACCGCAGCUCGCAGACAGCCGAGUUGUGCUGGUAUCUUUUAAGGAGGGCAGAGGACUGCAAGGUACUCUUACAGUCACAUCUCCACUCACUAGGAAGAAAAUCGUUCAGCAGCUACUGGUUGGUGACCUAGCAGACCUGGCUGAUGAAGGGCUCUAUCAGCUCCUACCAAGUGGCGCAGAGAAACUUAAUGCUGGCAAGAAGAAAGACCUCAAGAACCAACAGAGUAAGACUUUGGCCAAACAACAAACGCUGAAUCCAUCCCUGUGGAAGAAGAGCCAAACAUACCCCUCUGUGGGAAAGUUUGGGCUGGCUGAAGAUGCACUGUGCUACGUCUCACUGGAGCAGAAAGUUCUGCAUCAACUCAAACCGUCUCAUGCUCAGAACGAGCUGGUUGAAGCUUUCAGAGAUGCAAUUUUCCCUGAGCUCAACCUCAAGAGCUACCUGGACUGUAAGUCAGACUUAGCACUCCCCACUAUCAGACGCAUUCUCCGUGGACGGCCAACUGAUGAGGCUUUAGAGUUAGAACGCUCUCUGACAAAAGCCUUGAUGAAUAAGAGAAAGACUUCCACAUCAAUCAAGCAAAGUGUGCCAGUGACAAAGUAUGGCAGUUUCUCCCCUGCUACUGUACCCAAGAAACCACACAGUCCGGGUUAUCCACAUCCUUGGCUUUUGCCAAUGGAGUGGGAAGACUAGAGAGCUCCCUGAAAUAGUUGCGACCCACAUUAUGUCACUUUCUGUAGCCGACAUCAGUUGUGUGUCCCACAAUGAAAGACUAGUUUUCAAGCCACAUCCUGCAUUUAUUUCUCACAAAUGUAUUUAACAUUUUAAAUUACGUUUUUCCCAGUAUGUGCUCAUAAUUAUGAUUUAUAACAAAAAAAGUAGUAUGAGUUAAUUUACUGUAGUUAUUGUUUUUUUGCAAACAUACACUAAUGCAUAAGCAUUAUAACCAGUCAUUAGCAAUGACUGUGAUCAAUGCUUUAAGCAGAUUCUGAAACGUCAACCAACAUCAAUAUGUAGAUUUUUGGAUUGAAAAUCAGCAAAAAUGAGAAACGUUUAUUGUUUCACAAUGGGCUUGAUGCCUGCUGGUAUAAUUUUACAUUCUACAUAUAGUACAAAAAAUGUCUGGCAAAAAUAUCAAUAGUAUUCUCUGUAUGCCAAGUUCUGUUCUACAGUAUGGUAGUUUUGGAGCUAUACUAGUAAUUACUGUCUUGUACAAUAUAGAGAUGCAACUAAACCAAAAGAAUUUGCAAGAGCUUAAGAGCAUCACCUCCUGUCAUCUUUUACAGUUUGUUCUUCUGUUCAAAAAUGCCAUUUACAACAAGAUAAGAAACAGCUACUGUACAAAGGGAACUAUUUUCAAUAAAAGCAUUUUACACAAAGUGA